AUGUUGGGCUGGAACGAGGAAGUGCCGUGGCGAGGGGAGGGACUCCGGGCGCAGCUCCACGGGGCCGCGGCGGCGCUGCGUCCUGCCGCACAUGGAGCCGGCGACAGUUGGAAGAACUUCAUCCUGCAAACACAAGGGAUAGCAGAGUACCUGCACCGCAUGGAGACGGAGGAGGCCCAGGAACUGGCCCAGAUGGCAGGCCGGGACAGCCCCCCCCCCGAGGAGGCGGAGGAGCCCAUGGCCGUCCCCGAGGACCUGUCAGCCGGCGCCGCCCACCAGCAGAACCACCGCGGGGACAAAGCCUGUAACAUUAAAGUUGAGGCUCGCGGUGAGGAGGAGAAUGGGCGGGCCUGUGCCACGAUGAAUGGCGUGGAGGAGGAAGAAUGCGCGGAAGACUUGCGCGUGGCCGGGGCCGAGGUCGCCGGCUCGCCGCCGGGCCCCGAAGCCAGAGCCUUCUCCUCGGCCGCCGGUGGCAUCCGGCUACCCAACGGGAAGCUCAAGUGCGAUAUCUGUGGGAUAGUUUGCAUUGGGCCCAAUGUGUUGAUGGUGCACAAGCGAAGCCACACGGGAGAACGUCCGUUCCAGUGCAGCCAGUGCGGCGCCUCCUUCACCCAGAAGGGGAACCUGCUGCGCCACAUCAAGCUGCACUCGGGGGAGAAACCCUUCAAGUGUCACCUGUGCAGCUACGCGUGCCGCCGGAGGGACGCCCUCACCGGACACCUGCGCACCCACUCAGUUGGAAAACCCCACAAGUGUGCUUACUGUGGGCGGAGCUACAAGCAGCGCAGCUCAUUGGAGGAGCACAAGGAGCGAUGUCACAACUACCUGCAGUGCAUGGGGCUGCAGAGCAGCCUCUACACAGUAGUAAAGGAAGAAAGCAUCCAGAGUGAGCCGAGGGAAGCCUUAAGCCAGGCGGGCUGUGACAGAGGCCUGGUGCUAGACAGGCUAGCCAGUAACGUAGCUAGGCGUAAGAGCACUAUGCCCCAGAGGUUUGUGGGAGACAAGCGCCUGUCGGACCUCUCCUACGACGGCGGGCCCGGCGAGCUGAUCCAGCCCCACGUCAUCGACCAGGCCAUCAACAGCGCCAUCAGCUACCUGGGGGCGGAGUCUCUGCGGCCCCUGGUCCAGACCUCGCCGGCCUCCUCGUCCGACGUGGGCCCCGGCUCCCUGUACCCGCUGCACGCGGCGGCGCCCGAGGGCCACGGGGGGGCGGGCAGCGACAGCGCGGCCGAGAACCUGCUGCUGCUCUCCAACUCCAAGUCGGCCUCCAGCGAGAAGGACGGCUCGGCGAGCGGCCGCGACUCCACGGACACCGAGAGCACCGGCGAGGAGCGGCCCGGCGGCGCGGCGUCCGGCCUCAUCUACCUGACCAACCACAUCACCUCGGGGCCCAGGAACGGCGUGCCGGUGAAGGAGGAGCAGCGGCGCCAGUACGACGCCAUCCGGGCCGGCGCGGAGACGCCGUCCGAGGGCUUCGCGGUGGUGGCGGCCGACGGCGAGCCGGUGCGGGCGUACCGCUGCGAACACUGCCGGGUCCUCUUCCUGGACCACGUCAUGUACACCAUCCACAUGGGCUGCCACGGCUUCACGGACCCGCUGCAGUGCAACAUGUGUGGCCACCGCAGCCACGACCGCUACGAGUUCUCCUCACACAUCACACGGGGGGAGCACCGCUACUGA